GGUCAAUUGUAGAUCACCAGCAGAUGCCGUCUUCCACACAAACGCAAGGCCGACGCAACGUCAACUGGUCCAAGUUACUCUAUCGGAUCGCACGCACCCACUCGUCUCUUUCUCGACCUGCAUUGCUGGUCCUGUUGCACAGUUUGACGUCUGGAAAGCGUCUUCAGACUCUUGACGUUCACUUUUUGUCACAAGUGCUUGAGGUCAGGGAUAUUCUCCUCAUUCCAAAGGAUGUGCGAAAGCGUCUUGUAUCUGCUCUUUGCAUGAUAUGGGUGGAUGGUGACAGGCGCUCACAGCGCGCCUGUAUGCAGUUGUUGAGGGUGUUGUGUCAGAUUAGUGAAAUGAAGAGGAUGGAUGUUGAUCUUGAGAGUAGUGUGCUUUUGGAUGUAUUGGUCGGGGGGUUGAGCAGUGGAGAUGCUGUUGUUCGACGAAAUGCGUUACAUGGUUUGGCGCAUUUGGUUAUUGCUGGAAUACGUCCUUCCUUGGAUAUUCAGACCGCAUUGCACUGCUUACGGGAUGAUUCAAGCGAUGUUCGAUUAGGUGCUAUGCAUCUCGUGUGGGCGCUCCGAGCCUCGAGUCUGGAUUUACAAGCCACUACCCGCAGAGGGUCAACAGACCAGGCACGCCUCACGCGCGAAGUAUUCUUGAGUUUCUGUAUGAUGAUUAAUGAUAACUGUCCGGUUGUUCGUUCCAAGACGUGUACGUAUUUGGGAACGUCGGAUAGGAUCGAUACAUUACUGUUGUUGCAGACAUUGAGCAAGGAGUUGAUGGAGGUGUUUGACCAAGGUGGUUUUGGCCGACCGAGUUCCGGAAAGACAUCAAGUAAAUCGAAUCAAAAAAAGUCGGCUGCAAAGGGACUUGCUGGGUCAACCCUUGCCAUGGAUGUAACCCUCUCUGGCGCAUUUGUACUAGGAGUAGAGGAUCAGUUUGCGGCAGUAAGAAAUUCAGCAGUUGACGCUGUGUCCGAUUUGGUGUUGGUUUCGACACCGUUUGCGCAAAAGUCUCUAGAAUUCCUUGUAGAUAUCCUAAACGACGAGACAGAAAGCGUUCGCCUAAAUGCGAUCAACAGUCUACGCCGAAUGGCUCAUAUUCAAGCGACCACCAUGGAUGAUUCUCAAAUUGAGAGCAUGUCUUUGAUAUUGCGGGAUGCAGACCAAACUAUCCGACAUGCUGCUCAUCGAUUGCUCGGGGCGGUGCGGGUGUCGAGUAUUGAGACCCUACGACUUGUGCUGUCUUUGCUCGACCAGAAUCUUGGUCGGUUUCCUGAAGAUAAAUUGUCAUUAUUCCAAUGCGCCCAAGAGAUCGGCCGGGGCUCUGCUGAAAUGAUAGACUCGCUCAUUGCACAGCUCUUGAAUCUGGAUCACCGAUUCUUGCCAAAGGAGGUGCCACUGGAAGAUGAUACCUAUAUGGGCCACUUGAUUGUAGUGUUUAGUGCGUAUUCGACGGGUAUGGCGAAACGCAAGUUGCCAAAGACAGUUCUUCAGCAGUUGCCGUAUCUGCGGGCAAAGUUUCCGUUAUUGGCUCCGCAUCUUCAGGUUCCACAAAGUGCUCCGCCUGAGGAGAAAAUGAGAGAGGACAAUACGUUGCAGAGUACGUUGCAGAGUCAGUUGGAUAGUCAUGCACCACUAUCGGAUAUAACCACCAAGCUACAUACUGUGUUGGAUACUGUCACACAUUUUGAAGCAGAGGGGAAAUCCCAGAUUGCUCAGAGGCUUUUAACAAAUUUCUUGAGAGAUUUGGAAUGCCUAUGUAAAUCCGAGACGAUUGAUUCCGGCGUCGUUCGUUUUGCGCGGGACUAUGUGAACUGUUGUAUCAGUGUCCUCAAGAUCAAAGAAUCGAUUAGCAUCCCACAUCGGCGUGCAAGUAUCAUGGAACUUGCGUCUCGGCUGUUGGAACUGACGUAUCGUAUGCAGUGCAUGUACGUGGGACUGUCGCGUGGAUGUAAAGGUGUUUUGGAGAUCUUGGGGGUUUUUGCGAGGAUAUGCUGGGUUGUCAUGAGGAUGACGGGAUGGGAAGAUGUGGAGUUUCGGGUGGAUGAGUUUGUGAAGGUUCUUAGGGAACAGAUGGCGGGAUUACACAGGGUGAUGAGUAUGCAAGACCAUGUGGCUUGCGAUGGUUUAUUCCAAUCAAUAAAGGGGCUCCAGAAAGUAUCUAGCACACAACUUUUGCAGCACCUCCUUGGUAUAAUCCAGAAGUUUCCACUCUUUCGCAUCACAGUUCCCGUCGCUCUACGUCGAUGUCGGGCAAAGUUUGAAUCCCCUGCUGAAAUACCUAUUGGACGGGGCGGAUUGUGUCGGGUAGAUGUGGAAGCGAGGAUUUGGAAUGCUGUUGAUACGAGUUUGUGGGGGGUUGAGGUGAUUUUACCGAGUGGUACGACACUGUUUAGACCGCUUGCGAGUGAGUAUCGACCUUGUGGGCCGUACCGGUUUCGGUUGCGGACGAGCAUUACAGUCCGGGUGCGGGAUGCUAGUGAAGGUGGGUGAUGAGUCUUGGAUUGUGCGGUGCGUAUCUAGUGGUGGACUCAUAUUGAUGAAGAUAUGUUGCGAGGACGAGGGAUGAGGGUUCGUGCGGCGCAGAAAGGGCUGUCGUUACCUGUGGGUUGGAUGACUGAUCUUGUGGGUAGUAUGAAGGAGCUAGGAUUGAACGGCGUUUCUGCCUUGAUGUUUAUGAUUUGUCUUUUUUUUUGUUGAGAUGGGACUUGAAUUACUGUGAUGUGUUCACAUGGCGUGAUAGUGGGGAGACUAGCACUUGGGCUAGUGCGGAAAGAGUGGAGGCAAAAGUAUCGCUCGCUUCGAGCGUUUAAUGAUAAUUCAAGAAAACCCCAG